AUGGUCAAUAUUAUCUUUGAAGAUCCGUCAAAAUCCGUAUCCCAUCUCAAAAGAAUCAGCUGUGACUUACCACCUCGCAAAAGACAUGCAAGCGACACCCAAAUAUCCUAUGAACGACAACCUGGCUGGCUGUACCCGCCCUACGAUCAACUGGAAACCGUGCCGGUUUCUGUUACAUCCAUGAGUGCGUUUUCCACUAUAUAUGACACCCUGCGUUGUUCUGGUGGCGUUUCAGACUCUGAAUACAGGUCCGAUAUUCACCCUAAUGACCAUGGGCACGGUAUCGGCCAUGAUUCCCAAGAAGGCAAAGUUGAUGGCGGUGGCCCUGCGUCCUCGCAUGACCUCUUUACGCUGGCUAGCGACGAUGAUCGGCAUUCCACGGACGGGGAUGGGGGCAGCCAUGGAUUUGCAGACGAUAUAUUUUCGCAUCCGUCAGAGAAUGAGCCAUCCUUAGGCAGUGUCUCCAGUACGGGACCUUCCCCAGAUAAUAGGAACUCUCCAAUCCGUGACCCUGCUACUCGUCUAAGGCAACCAGCGACUAUUCAAUCUUCGCAGAAUCCACCAACUGGGUCGGAUGGGCAUGACUCAAAACGAAGUCACCGCGCGCUCUCAAAGAUACCGUCGGUAAUAUCCGAAUCAGAGGAACUCGGAUCUAACCUUGAGAAUUCCGACUCUGACGCGGAACCGGAUAAUGAUGAUGAAGAUCCCAGAAGCCUGUGGGAGUACACACGUAUUGUGGCGCGUCGUGUUGAUUCUUCGGGUCGCAAGUUCGUAAGAGUUAAGUGGAAAGCUACGUGGGAGCCUGAGGACGAGCUAAAUGGGUUGAAAACGGCGCUACGACUGUACGAAAAGCGAACACAUCGAGAAAAGCAAAGCUCAAAGGAAAUAUGUUUGAAAUGCGGUGCGAGAAAGCGCAAGUUUCCUGCCUAA